CCCUUUCCUUCUCGAACCCACGAUUUCUCUCUCUUCCCCCGCCUUAUCAUUUACUCCACCCCGAACUUUCUAGAAACAACACAACCUAACACACACGCUCAUCUCUCUCCCCUCUUUCUCCGAGAUCAAUCAACGUCUUUCUUUCCAUCACGCUGUUUCGGUGUAAGGUCUUUGAUUUCAACUGUUUAUGAUUCAGGUGAACGUACUUCUUUAUAGAUUAAUGGAAGUUCUGCCUAUACCAGAUUAAGUUAAGAGCAAAGUAGAGGGCAAUAGAUAGAGUUGGGUAAUUUAGUUUGAAGGGUUGGGAUCUGAGACCUAACCCGAUGGCACCGGGUGAGCAAACGAGCGAAUCUCCAACUGCCACAGCUGCAGACUCGCAGAGAUCUCUUCCGACGCCGUUUUUAACUAAAACUUAUCAACUAGUUGAUGAUCCAUCUGUGGAUGAACUCAUAUCAUGGAACGACGACGGAUCGACCUUCAUAGUUUGGCGACCAGCUGAAUUUGCCAGAGAUUUGUUGCCUAAAUAUUUUAAGCACAACAACUUCUCUAGCUUCGUCCGCCAGCUCAACACUUACGGAUUCAGGAAAGUAGUUCCAGAUCGAUGGGAAUUUGCGAAUGAUUGUUUCCGACGAGGCGAGAAAAGUCUUCUACGAGACAUUCAGCGACGUAAAAUCUCAGCGACAGUCGCUGCAUCCACUGUUACCGUGGCUGCGGUGGCACGUGCCGUUUCGCCGGCGAACUCGGGUGAGGAGCAGGUAAUAUCAGCGAAUUCAUCACCCGCGGCGGCGCCUGAGACCACUGUGAUCCGUACAACGAGUUGCACGACGAUGCCAGAGCUUCUGGAGGAGAACGAAAGGUUAAGAAAAGAGAAUAUGCUGCUGAAUCACGAGUUGACUCAGUUGAGAGGAUUGUGUGAUAGUAUACUUUCUUUAAUGACGAACUACGCCGCUGGUCAGUUAGACACUGUGAAUUUACCGGAAGGGAAGGCUGUGGAGUUUUUACCGGCGAGGAAGGCGGAGGACAGUGGUGCGAAGGCGGAGGAAGUGGACGUGACGCCGAGGUUGUUUGGCGUCUCAAUCGGAGCAAAGCGUGCAAGGAGAGAAGAAGAAGAGGAGAAUAAUCAGGUGCAGCAACAGGAGGGUGAAGGUGGAUCGGAUGUGAAAUCAGAGCCGUUGGAUGGUAAAUCUCAUAAUCAUCAGGAUCCUCCGUGGCUGGAACUAGGUAGUAAAUGAAGAAAAAUGACGGGAGGAGACUAGAGAUUGGAUUAAUAUGAAGUGACACGUGUCGGAUGGAGGGAUGGAAAUUUGCUAAAUAUGGAGUAUCAGAUGUGUGACACGUGAUGGUUAUGGUUAAUGUCUGGGAAAGUAGAGUCCUUGACUUGACUAGUUGUGUGCUGCUAGAAAAAGCAGCACUUUGGAUCCAAGGAAGGAGUACAAAAAAUGGUGCAAAAGUGAAAAGAAACUGGAACAAAAAAGGCAACUUCUUCGAGAUUAAUUUUAUGGGUAGUGAGCAAAUAGUUAAUUAAUUGGUAGGUUUAAGCUUGAUAAUUGGAGCUGAAACCUGUAAUUUAUGUUACAAUUACAAAUGUAUCCCAAGCUAAGCUUUGAGUUUUCAA